AUCCUGGAUCCACAGUCAUUAUAAAAUCAGCAGUGGGAGUACAUGGCCCAGUCUUUGAGAGGAUCUACAUCUGCUUUCAAGCUACUAAGACUGCAUUUGCCAAGCACUGUAGACCCUUAAUUGGGUUGGAUGGCUGCUUCCUUAAGGGACUAUAUGAUGGUCAACUUCUGUCGGCCGUAGGCAAAGAUGGAAACAACCAAAUGUUUCCAGUAGCAUUUGCAGUAGUGGAAGCUGAAACUAAGGAUUCCUGGACUUGGUUCUUGAACAUUCUACUACAUGAUCUGAAUAGUGUUAAACCUCAAAAUUGGGCAUUCAUCUCUGACCAGCAAAAAGGAUUGGUGCCUGCUAUUGCUGAAUUGGGUCCAGAUGUUGAACACAGAUUGUGUGUCAAACACUUAUACAGUAAUUUCAGGAAGAGGUUCCCAGGAGAAGAGUUGAAGAAUGCUUUAUGGUCUGCUGCAAGGGCUAGCACAGAACCACAAUGGAAAACUGCAAUGGAUAACAUGAAGGAAUUGAAUCAAAAUGCUUGGCUGGAAAUGAUGCAUGUACCUCCUAAGAUGUGGACAAGAUCAGCUUACAGCCCACACACACACUGUGAUCUCCAGGUUAACAACAUGUGUGAGGCAUUUAAUAGGUCUAUCUUGGAGCAUAGAAACAAGCCUAUUAUCACUUUGCUUGAGGGGCUGAAAUUUUAUCUCACUAAUCGCAUUGUGAAGCAGAAUGAUCUAAUGCUUAGGUGGAGAAAUAGUCAGCUGUGUCCAAUGAUUCAGCAAAAGCUUGAUAUUAUAAAGAACCAUUCAGAGAGGUGGAGACCUAACUGGAAUGGUGAUAUUGCACAUGGACUAUUUGAAGUACAGAGGGACAAUGAUAAGUGUGCUGUCAAUGUAGAGUUAAGGACAUGCGCUUGUAGGAGAUGGGAUCUGACUGGGAUUCCCUGUGUGCACGCUGUGGCCUGUAUGUGGUAUAAUAACCAUGUGCCAGAGAAUUAUGUGGACAUGGCAUACAGGAGGCACACAUUUCUGAAUACAUACAGCCACAUAAUCCUCCCAAACAAUGGGCCCAAAUUAUGGCCAGAUGUGGAAGCAGCACCUCUAAAUCCCCCUUAUGUGAGGAGGGCCCCGGGAAGGCCAAAAAAACAGAGGAACAAGGCAAAUGAUGAGCCUAGCAACCCUAAUAGGCUGAGGAGGAUUAGUUCCACUGUGAGAUGUAGAAGGUGUGGAGAGCCUGGACACAACAAGAGAACCUGCAAAGGUAAAACUGCAGCUGAUAGGACAAUCCCAGUAGGAGGCAAUGAGGCAAAUACUCAAGUUCUUCAACCUGAACAGAGAAGGACUACUAGAAAUAGAGGUCAGAAGAGGAAUGCUCAAUCUGGACCAGGUGAAACUUCAGCUCAAGGUGCUGCAAAUAACCAGCCUGCACCCUCUGCUCCAGCAAAUUCACAGGCUCAACAAACUGAUGCUCAAUCUUCUCAGCCUGCACCCACUGCUCCAGCAAAUUCUCAGGCUCAACAAACUGGUGCUCCAUCUUCUCAGCCUCAGCACAUAGCUACUGCAUAUUCUCAGCCUGCACCUACUGCCACUACAUCUCAGCCAAAUGCACCAAGGAGGAGAGGAAGAAAGAGGAAUGCAGAAGCAAUUAGUGGCACUCAGUAGUGUUUUUAGAUCUGUUAUUCUAUUUUUAUGAACCUAUUGUCCUGUGGAUGGUGUUUUUAAGUCUGUGUUUUUUGAGGUCUUGUAAUGAACCUAGUCUUGUUGUGUAUGUAUCUGGUAUGGACCAAGUAUGUUUUGGAUGGUAAUGUAGGUUUUUUGGAUGGUGGAUUUUGCUGAUGUAACAACUAUGGCUAUUCCUUCUUAUUUAUGAGACUUUGUUGAAGUAACAACUAUGUUCCUUCCUAUUAGGAAUACAUGCAUAUUAUGUCAA